AUGCACGUCGCGUCAGACGGAAAAAGUGCUCCGUGGCGAAUUUUCCGUGGAUGUUUCGUAGGAGGAAGAGGUGGCGGUGGAGGCUUCAAAGCGAGUCGCGGAGGAGGUCGAGGCGGAGGUCGCGGCGGCAGGGGCGGCGGAAGAGGUCGAGGCGGAGGCCGAGGCGGUGUUGGCGCCAAAGGAGGAGCCCAGAAGGUUCUUGUUGUUCCCCACCGCUUCGAGGGUAUCUUUAUGUCUAAGGGAAAAGCGGACUCCCUUGUCACCCGCAACAUGGUUCCGGGAGAAUCUGUAUAUGGAGAGAAGCGACUAGAGGUCGCCGAGGAGGGUGGAGAGAAGAUUGAGUACCGUGUGUGGAACCCGUUCAGGUCGAAGCUGGGAGCCACAAUCGUCGGUGGUGUGGCUAACAUGCCCAUCAAGCCGGGCAGCAAGGUCCUGUAUUUGGGUGCUGCUAAUGGCACGACAGUUUCCCAUGUGUCAGAUAUCGUUGGCCCCGAAGGGGUGGUGUACGCAGUUGAGUUUUCCCAUCGCUCGGGUCGCGACCUCACGAACAUGGCCAAGAAGAGGCAAAACAUCGUUCCCAUCGUGGAGGACGCUCGUCAGCCGCUGAAGUAUCGCAUGCUCGUUGGCAUGGUUGACGUCAUCUUUGCCGAUGUCGCCCAGCCGGAUCAAUCCCGAAUCGUUGCCCUGAACGCGCACCAUUUCCUGAAGGCCGGGGGCUGGUUCGUUAUUUCCAUCAAAGCGAACUGUGUAGAUUCCACUGCAAAGCCUGAGGCCGUUUUUGCUGCAGAGGUGGACAAGUUGAGGAAGGAGAAGUGCAAACCCAGAGAGCAGCUCACCCUGGAGCCGUACCACAGAGACCAUGCAGUGGUCAUUGGUCAGUACAGAGUCUCCAAGAAAAAGGACUGA